UGUUGUUGUUCAAAACAUCUGUCUUGUAUAUUUAACUGUAACUGCCCUCCCUUCUGUCGAAACCUCACGCUUUGGAGAGAUUUACAACUGCUCCUUAAGACUCUGCAAAUGCCCGGUCAGAUAUUUAAUCAAACUCUGUGCGUGACGGAGUGCAGACAAGCUUCUUUCACGGCUGGAUGAAGAGGCCAUAUGGGAACAUGAGGAGGAGGUUUGGUGUAACUCAGGAGGCUUUGGAUGAGCAAAUAGUGCCUGCAGCUAUGGAACCUCCCUGUCCAACGGAAAGGCGGAAAAGAGUGGGUCCCACACUCCCUUUGCCUCAUCAAACAGCGAUUGGCUCCUGCGGAGUAAAUCUCCUAUCACAGAGCUUACCUAUCUCCAGUGGUGGAGGAGGGAGGAGGGAGAACAAAGCCAGAUUACACAGAGGUCUGACCCCAAAAAGUAGUGUACAGCUGCCUGAAUGAUAACCAGGAGGAGGGAGCCCCUGCCAGGAUCUUCCGUGUGGCACUGGCUGUGGUGUCUCCUCUGUCUACAAAAAAACGUUGAUAGACAGAGCUGUGGCUAGUGACAAGACAGGCAAUGGAGGUGCCACUUGUUAAUUUUGAGAACAUGGAUGAUGUUGGCAUCAACCUGGGAGACCCAAGUGAUUCUGGGUACCCAACCUCACCCACAUCAGAGGCCGCUGAUCAGAACCUUUUAACCCAGCGUUUGACUUCUCCUCAACAGUCACCACACAGAAGACGACGCAGCCAUCAGUCUGGUGCAGAGGGGCUCUCACCUUCCACUCCUCUUACACUGACCACUAAAGCCAACUCCAGCAGUGGCAGUUUGAUCUCUAAUCUAAAGCUCCUGAUCAACAGUGAGUCUCCCACCAACAGUGUCUUCAGUAAGAUGCCGAGGGAUUAUUACGAGAGUGAAGAUUUGUUUGAAAAGCACUACAUGGAAGAAAAAGAUGAGAAAGUUGUCAUCAAUAUUUCAGGACUGAUGUUUGAGACCCAGCUCAGCACCCUGAAUAAGUUUCCAGAGACACUGCUUGGAGACCCUAUGAAGAGGAUAAGCUAUUUUGACCCAAUGAGAAACGAGUACUUUUUUGACAGAAACCGUCCAUCUUUUGAUGGGAUUCUCUACUACUAUCAGUCAGGAGGGAGAAUCCGCAGACCAGCCAAUGUACCUUUAGAUGUAUUUGCAAAUGAAAUUGUUUUCUAUGAAUUGGGUCAUGAAGCAAUGGAGCAGUUCCGUGAAGAUGAAGGGUUUAUCAAAGAGCCAGAAGUUCUUUUGCCCACCAAUGAACUCCAGCGACAGUUUUGGCUACUGUUUGAAUACCCAGAGAGCUCCAGUGCGGCCAAAUCUGUUGCUCUGGUUUCUGUCCUUGUUAUUGUCAUCUCUAUCUUCAUAUUCUGCCUAGAGACUCUGCCAGAGUUCAGGGAGGACAAUGACUUUAUUCCGGGUGUAACCCAAUUUAUCAAUGGCACCCGAGAAGAUGCUAACCUUCAUCAGACCACUAAAAACCUGCUGGCAUAUUUCACUGACCCCUUUUUCAUAGUGGAGACUAUUUGCAUAAUUUGGUUCUGCUUUGAAGUCGGUGUCCGCUUCGUAGUGUGCCCCAGCAAAAGUGAUUUCUUCAAUAACAUCAUGAAUAUCAUCGACAUCGUCUCUAUUAUUCCUUACUUUGUAACCCUGGGAACAGAGCUGGCUACAACACCUGAUGACGAUAUGAACUCUAGUCAGAACAUGUCUUUAGCAAUCCUAAGAAUCAUCCGACUAGUGAGAGUCUUCAGAAUUUUUAAGCUCUCCCGACACUCAAAGGGACUUCAGAUUUUGGGGCAGACCCUGAAAGCCAGCAUGAGGGAACUGGGCCUGCUAAUCUUCUUCCUAUUUAUAGGAGUCAUCCUAUUCUCAAGUGCCAUCUACUUUGCAGAAGUGGAUGAGCCCCAGACACAAUUUGUUAGCAUCCCUGAUGGCUUCUGGUGGGCUGUGGUGACGAUGACCACUGUGGGUUACGGCGACAUGUGCCCCAUCACCAUGGGAGGCAAAAUGGUCGGCACUCUCUGUGCCAUUGCUGGUGUCCUGACCAUUGCCCUGCCCGUCCCUGUCAUCGUGUCCAACUUUAACUAUUUUUACCACCGUGAGACUGAGCAAGAGGAGAAACAGGUAAUGGAUGCAGCAGCAGAGGCUGCCCAGAAAAUGUCAGCUGCAAAUAAGUGUGGAAGCACACUUUCACUAAACAAAAGUAACAGCACCUGGCAGAAUGAAAAGAAUGGCAUGCACUGAUAAAGAAACUCAAGUAAUUAUUUAUAUAAAGGGCAUGAAAAACAAAUGGACAAAACAAACAUAUUCAUUAAUAAGAUACACUGGAUAAUCAGUUUAUCUUUCUCUCUGUUUUAUACAACAAACAUGGCAGCAUUUGUGCAGAUAAUUACAGUAUUAAUAAGCACCGUGUGGUCCUGUGGCAACCAGGAUAGGCUCCAGCCACCCUGCAACUCUGACUUAGAUAAAUGGUUAUGGAUAAAUCUAUGGAUGUAUGUUUGGCGAUACAGUUUUUGCAGAAGUUGUCUGCCUGCAUGUGGAUGUGUCAAAGUGCAAUUACUACAACUACUGUCAGUUACCUUUAUGAGAAUUACUGAAAGGUAUAACACAUUAUCUUUCAUUCAGUGCACUUUGAAGAAAAAUGUCAUAGCUUAUAUGUACUUGAGGCAAAUACUUAAUCUUGGAAAAUGUUAUUGUUAGAGUAAAUACUGUAACGCCGGGAUAGGCAGUUGUAUAAUGUCCUUCUGGACUGUAUUAGCAGACUAAGUGACGGAAGAAAACAAAUCAAAAUUAUUUUGAGCAGCAGUAGAACUGGAAGUAUAUUCAGUACUCAUAUUACAUCACAGUCCCAUGUCGGUCUAUACUUCAUCAUAAUCAGCAGAAUCUUGAGAGGACUUGGCAUGAUUUUCAAGGGCAGAUGAAUGUAUCCAGGCAAGAGGACAUCAGCACACACAGUGACUUAUCAGCAAAUCUAUUCUUGUGGAGAAGCAGCACUUCUCCAUAUGACACAGCAUAACAAUAUCUGUGUGAUAAACAGUUGGAGUAAUUUGCAUGUCCGCCAUAAAUGUUCUAGAUGGCUGAAGGAUAUAACUAAAAUAUAAUAGAGUAUAAUGUAGUACAUGCAGUAGUUGCAUGAAAAAGUUUCAGCUUUUAAAAUCAACUUUUCUUUUAUUAUUUGGGAUUUUGCUCCAAAUUAUGCACAUUAGAUAUAUGGAUCACCUUCUAAAGUGUAAUGUGAAUUUACCCUUUAAAAAACACAUCAAUCCAAUGCACUUAAUGCUUUUUUCCACAUAUCUCUUAAGCACUUUUGGAAUUUUGCACCAUCCACUGUUGGCAGGGGGAAAAAAAUGUGUAAAAAUGUGAAAGAACCUGUGUAUUCAGUUUGUAUCUGAGGGAGCUGGAGAAAGGACAAAGGCAAAAAAAAUGACUUUGCACUCUUAUUUGAACAUAUCUCCAUUUGCCUUUUUUCUCUCAUUUUUACUGCAUGGCAUAGUGUGCUGGAAUGAGGUUUACUUCUUGUUAUCAGCAAAUGAACGUUUGAAUAUUUACUGUGGUUGAAUGCAUUGUAGUAUUUUAACCAUAAUAGUAAUGAGCAUUGUAUUCCAUGUGAUGGGAAAAGCCAAUACCUUAAGUGGAUUUGAGAAAAGAAGAGAACAAAUGAUAAAUGUGCACAGUUUAUUUGA